AUGCCGGAGCCUAGCCGUCUCCUGAAGCUGGAACAACUCCCCAGCACAACAACAACCAUAGGCACCAAAAUCCGCUUCCUAGGCUGCGUCCACGACUACGACACCACAACAGCCCUCCUAACCCUCCGGGACCACUACCCCGCCACCGCCAAAGACGUCCCCACUAUCUUCGUCUCAAUCGAUAAUAUCAAGGAUGGUCUGGAUCACGAGCUUCUGGCUGUCGGCUCGUGGCUGAAUGUCAUGGGGGCUCUUCGGGCUCGACCUCAGGGUUUUAAGGUCUCGAGACAGGCACGAGUGGCGUUUGUCGAUGCUACGAUUGUUUGGUCGGCGGGGGCUGUGAGGUUGGAGAGGUAUCAGGAUGCUGUAGAUGGGUAUCAGGGGUGUGUUGCCCGGGAUGCUGUGUGA